ACGAAUGGUCGCACACAGAAAGAGAUUGCAAUCGGCAAACGAGUUGGGAGUUCCUGUUUCGCUUUAAUAUCGUUCAGUGGGUGGUGAAAGUGGAAAAUAUCCUUGUGGAAAAUCAUUUCAUAAUCAGUGUGUGUUUUAGCAGAGAACAGCAGCUUUCCCCACAUCGGGAAAGGAAGACAGCAACAACAAGGAGAAAUCCCAAAAUAACCCAGAGCUAGAGCGGAGGUUGUCAGAUUUAUCCGGGUGUUAUGUUCCACGGUUCCGCAGCUAGGGUGCACAAUCUGGUAGGCUAUUUGCGCACUAGCAUCCGAGGAGGAAAUCCGGCAGCGUCAACAGUAGGUAGUGGAAUCGGAAGCUGCGACAGAUCCGGCACUGUUGUUGCAUGGGGAAACAGCAUCCCGGGGGCGCCUGUAUCGUCGUCCUGCGGUAUUAUUAGCGGGGGGAGUUUUCAGCACCAAUCAUCAGCAGCCUCAUCACCAUCAGUACGGUACCAUCAUCAUUACUACGACGUCGACGCUUGUUGCCGUCAUCAUCGGGAUCAGCAUCAGCAUCAGCAACACCACCGUCAGCAUACUUGGACCAUCACAGCACCACUUUCGGCAGAUCAAUAUUUGCUCCAGAGCCAACUGGGACAAAGCACUCCAGACUGCAUCUGUCUUCGGCAAAUUCGCUCAUUCUCGACCAGCAACAUCACGAUGGCAUCGGGCGCUGGAACGUCUUCGCCUUCGGAACCCCCGAAGCACACCAAUCGGUUGAUCAACGAAAAAUCGCCGUACCUGUUGCAGCACGCCCACAAUCCGGUCGAUUGGUAUCCCUGGGGUGAGGAAGCGAUUGCCCGGGCCCGGGCGGAAAACAAGCUGAUUUUUCUGUCGGUGGGUUACAGUACGUGUCACUGGUGCCACGUCAUGGAGAAAGAAUCGUUCGAAAGCGAAGAGGUGGCGGAGAUCAUGAAUGAGAAUUUCAUUAAUAUCAAGGUGGAUCGGGAGGAACGCCCGGACAUCGAUAAGCUGUACAUGACCUUUAUUCUGCUUGUGAAUGGAUCUGGAGGUUGGCCGAUGUCGGUUUGGUUGACACCGGAUUUGGCCCCGGUCACUGGGGGUACCUAUUUUCCUCCAAAGGAUCGUUGGGGAAUGCCUGGUUUUACGACGAUUUUGUUGAAGCUCAAGAUCAAAUGGGCUACCGAUGGGCAGGAGUUGGCCUCGACGGGACGGUCUAUCAUCGAGGCAAUUAAGAAAAACGUGGACGAUAAACAUAGGGAAGAGCCGGAGCGGGUGCUGAGUGCCGAGGAUAAAUUUCGGCAAGCGAUUACGAUUUAUAAACGUAAUUUUGAUCCCGUUUGGGGUGGGUCUUUAGGAGCUCCAAAGUUCCCGGAAGUGUCCAAGCUGAAUUUGAUCUUCCAUAGUCAUCUGCAGGAUCCGAGGAGUAAGACUUUGGGAGUGGUGCUAAAUAGCUUGGAUAAAAUGGCGGCUGGAGGAAUUUAUGAUCACGUGUUUGGAGGUUUCGCACGGUAUUCGGUCGAUAAAAAGUGGCACGUUCCUCACUUCGAAAAGAUGCUUUACGAUCAAGGGCAGCUAUUGAUGGCCUAUGCGAAUGGGUAUAAAAUGACCAAGAGGCAGCUGUAUUUAGAUGUUGCGGAUAGUAUUUUCAAGUAUAUCAGCAAGGACUUGCUACAUCCGGCUGGAGGGUUUUAUAGUGGCGAGGAUGCUGAUUCGUUGCCGACCUGGGAAAGUAAGGAUAAAAUUGAGGGAGCGUUUUAUGCUUGGACUUUCGCGGAAGUGCGUGACCUCCUGAGAGCUAAUGUGUCGAAGUUUGGAGACAUUGGGAAGGUGGAUCCAGUGGAGGUUUUUACCGAGCACUACGAUAUUCAGGAAACCGGAAACGUUGAGCCCAGUAGCGAUCCUCAUGGUCAUCUUUUGGGCAAGAACAUACUCAUUGUAUACGGCUCGGUGCAGGAAACUGCCGAUAAGUGUGAGACCACUGCAGAAGUGGUUGAAGGCAUCCUUAAAGUUGGAAACGAGUUAUUGCACGAAGUUCGCGAUAAACGACCUCGACCACAUCUGGAUACGAAAAUCAUUUGCGCCUGGAAUGGAUUGAUUCUGUCCGGACUGUCCCAACUCGCAUGCAUUAGCGAUGCACCCAAUCGGGGAGAUUACCUGAUGGCAGUGACGAACUUGGUGUCUUUCAUUCGUGAAAAUCUCUUCGAUGUUAAAGCCCAGAAGCUUUUGCGAUCCUGCUAUGGCGAUGAGACCGAGACGGCAAAGGCACUUGAACUACCGAUCUACGGCUUUAUUGACGAUUACGCGUUCCUGAUCAAGGGUUUGAUCGAUUACUACCGUGCCUCGCUGGACGAAAGUGCGCUUAGAUGGGCGAGAGAACUGCAGGAUAUACAGGACCAACUGUUCUGGGACCAGACCAAUGGUGCCUACUUCUACUCGGAGGCCAACUCGGCCAAUGUGGUUGUGCGGCUGAAGGAAGAUCACGACGGUGCCGAGCCCUGUGGAAAUAGUGUUUCGGCUUACAAUUUACUCUUGCUAGGCGACUACUUCGAGCAUGCGGCGUAUCAUGAAAAGGCUAAAAAGCUGCUGGCUUAUUUCUCGAACGUUACUCCCUUCGGAUACGUCCUACCGGAAAUGAUGUCCGCAAUGCUGUUGGAUGAACACGGUCGAGACAUGCUGGUGGUUGUCGGUCCUCAAAGUUUACAAACCACGGCUCUGCUGGACGCGGUUCGACAGUUCUACAUGCCCGGUUUGGUUAUCGUCCGGCUCGAUCCCUCCAAACCGGAUCAACAUCUGGGAGGAAAAUCGCUGGAGAGUUUCAAAAUGCUUCACGACGAACCGACGGCUUACCUUUGCCGCAACAAGGUUUGCCAGCUUCCGGUGACUGAUCCGGAAAAACUUAUCGAGGAACUGCAGGCGAAGCACGUUUUCGACUACGGUGAGUACGAGAACUGAUUCUUCGAGGCCUAAGGUUCUUUGCGGAAGCUAGCACACUGUACACUGUAGUUUGUUACAUUGUAGUGAAGCGGAAUUGAGGAACUGAAGGCCGCGAGUAGUUGGUUCUUUUGGGUAGAACUAGUGUUUCGAAAAAAAGAAAAAAAUGAAGGAUUAUCUACUUUUUUUUCUAUUUGGCGUCAUCGGCGUGCUCGAAUCUUGAGAAAAGUAGAAAAGUUUCAGGUUAUUAGUACAUGUUUUAUAUUGCUUAAACAUCGUAAAUAUCAUGGAUGAGGGAUUAGGGAAGUAUAACCGGCACACCGAAAGGAAUAUCAUUGAAUUAAGGAAAAAAGUCAUUUUAACCGUACAUCUUCAGCAACUCAUAAAUAUUUUUACUAGCUAUUUUAAUAUAGUAACAUCAUUUCACUUUUACGUGGUUAAACUCUUGUAGUAUGUAAUUUGUUGAAAACAAAUCGGAUUCUAGUUACCAAUUCGAUAAAUAAACCGUACUAUAGUAAGCAAGCAUGAUUCUAAAACCAGAAAUAUAUACACAUUAUUACUAGCACUAUUAGAGACACAGGGAAAGGAGGAAAGCAGAAUAAAGGAAUUCAAUAGUCAAACAACGUUACACGAUAUGUGAUUUAAUGAGGAUAAAAGGGCGGAAAAUGCCAAUCCAAACCGCAAAUAAAAAUAUUAGAAAAAAAACUAAUGUGCCAAUAUUUGGUCACGGUAAACCUUUUGAUACCAUGGAAUAUAAGAAUCGCCGAUGGAAUCGAUCAAAAACUAAUGCAUGGGAUUGAACAACCAACGAAAAAACGAAACGAACUUUACGUGGGAAGCAUACACAUUAGCAUAGAAUGUGCGGCAAUAUUGCAGCUGUUACGAUCAAUUUUACUACCGUUUUACUCCACAUUUCUUUGACCGAUAUGCGCUAACAAUAAACAAUAGUGAACUAUUAAAUAUAUUACA